GCGCGAGAAUUCGGAGCAAGUUAGCACGUGGCUCGGGUGAGUGCGCGCGCCUUCCCGCCAUUGUUAGCGCGCGCGAGGAGAGCGGCGACGAGCGAUCCAUUCAAACGAGCGAACAGCCCCCCCCCCGACCGGCCGGCAAUGGACUUGCCCGCGCGAGCUCCCCUUCCUUCCCGCCCUCGCAUCAGCGACAUGCGACGAGGCUGUAGGAUCUGGCUCGAGCCGCUUGCUAAAACUCAGCGGGCCUAGCGGCUCGGAAAAAUCGGUCGAGUUUUUCCAAGCAAGCCUCAGUUCAAAGUAAAGUGCGCAUCCUGCGCGCGAAUCGCGCCGCGGUUCAUCAACUUGGACUCGUCCGGCGGCCGGCCGCGCGCGGGUGGGGGAGGUUGAAUGCACUCUCGGCAUCGCUAAAGCCAAAGGGUCCAGCGCUGUUGCGAGUAUCUCGGGGCCGAGCGAAAGCGGCAGCCCGCCCGGGAGCCCUUCCGGGCGUAUCGGCCUCGUCGCGGGAAAUUUUGCCGAACAUGAGCUCGUCCUCCUCGCAGUCGGCUAAAAGUAUCGUCCCGAUCGUCCGUGUCCGAGCCGAGCUGCAGCCAGCAGCAGUAGGUAUAGCAGCGGCAGAGAGCAGGCGCACUACGGCGGCUCGGGGCGCAGAGAGGGGCAGCGCGCCAAUGGCAAGGGGGGGCUCCGGAGCCACGUGACCCGAGCCGACCAAUGGGACGGCGGGCAUUUGAAAUCGGUGCGUAGGCUUUGUUCAGGCGGGCGCUGUGAGCGUCUUCGGCCUCGGCUGUCGGCAGCGUUUUCAGUUGGCGGCUCUGUGUGCUCGGUGGUCGGCGCGCGCUCUCCCUAGUCUCGUGUGUCGUAGCCGCUGCGCGGAAACAGUGCGGCGAAGCGCCAGUGUGUGUAUAUUCCGUGGCGCGCGCCUUUUCCCCUCUCGAGAGAGGCAGUCUCGUGUACAACAUCGGCGAAGAGGCCUGCAGCAGCCUAUGGCAGAAGGAUCGAAGGAACGUCGGGAGAGUGGUGUGUGCUGAAGCUGGAUGCUGCCGUCCUCGUCCUCGUCCUCGUUGCCCUCGUUGCCCUCGCCGUAUAGUCCUGGUGCGUUUGACGAGGAGACGUAGUACUUGGUGCGUAGAGAUUUGUGCCUAAGCGUCGAGCGCCUGCCAGGACGACUCUUGCACCCGAGCGGAUCGUCACAGACACGACGUGUGAAUGUUGGAUACCGAGGGUAGACACAGCAGCGUGCUGGAUCAGCAUCAGGGACCGUGUUGGGACCCUUGGCUGACGACGAUGGACUGGACCCUGAGCACGGACUCGUCGUUCCAGGAGAUAAUGGACUUCGACAUUAAGAACGAUAUCGACAGCGUGAUCGGCGGCCACCCCGAGCUCGGCUUCAACUUCACCGAGCUCUCGCCGCUUGAGCUCGACGACGACCCCGUCGGCUGCAAUGGCGACCUCAACGGCUGGUUCGGCUCGCACCAGAGCCUCCUCAACGGCAACAGCAACAGCUCCAACAGGUCUUCCUUCUUCUUUCGUUACAGCAACUUCAACCUCGACCUGAGCGACUGCGACGCGGCCUCGAUAAUGGUCAACCCGAACUCGGUCAUGCCGCACAUGUCCUCGGUGCAGCGGAGCUCGCCCCAGCCUGCGAGCGCCGAGACGACGUCCACCGCGGCCACCGCCGCCGGCAGCCCUGCCACCGCCAGCAAGCGACACUUCAGCUUCGCGCUCAAGAUCGAGCCGGAGCCGCUGAUCGGCGCUCUGGACCAGGAGGCGGAGUCCGAGCCGGAGCGCGACUACGCCAACGAGCUCAGCGAGUCCGAGGAGGAGGAGGAGGAGGAGGAGGAGGUCGAGGAGGUCGAGGAGGUCGAGGAGGAGGACGACAACGACAACGACAACGAGGAGGACGACGAGGAGGACGACGAGGAGGACGAGCCGGCGACGCGGCCGCGCGAGAUCGGCAGCCCGGCCGGCCUCAAGCUGAGCAUACCCGCCGCGCUCGCCGGCCAGAAAUCCAAGCCCGCCACGCUGCUGCUACCCGCCGGCUCGAUCAAGACCCUCUCGCCCCAGCUGAUCAAGGCCGCCCAGCAGCAGCAGCAGGCCCUCAGGGUUAACGGGCACAACAUCACCGGCAUCCGGCUGCAGAAUCUCAAGAUCCUUCAGAGCCCCGGCAACGUGCAGCAGCUACGCCGACAGAUCUACAAUAAUAACAUUCAGCUGGUCACGCAGCAGCAGACCGGCACGACACUCCUCCAGCAGCAGCAGCAGCAGUCCCAGCUAGCGCAGCUGGCUGCCGCCAAUUGCCAACAGCAGCAGAAGAGGGAUAAGGAGCUUGACCCGCUCGGCCACGACUACGACGAGAAGCCCUACCCCAAACCGGCCUACUCCUACUCCUGCCUCAUCGCCAUGGCUCUCAAGAACAGUCAGACGGGAUCGCUGCCCGUAUCCGAGAUCUACAAUUUCAUGUGCGAACACUUCCCCUACUUCAAGACGGCGCCGAAUGGUUGGAAGAACUCGGUGAGGCAUAAUUUGUCGCUUAACAAGUGCUUUGAGAAGAUCGAGAAGCCGGCAGGCAACGGCAACCAACGCAAGGGCUGCCUCUGGGCCAUCAAUCCAGCCAAGAUCGCCAAGAUGGACGAGGAGGUACAGAAGUGGUCGCGGAAGGACCCGCUCGCCAUCAAGAAGGCUAUGAUCUAUCCAGAGCAGUUAGAACUGCUUGAGCGGGGCGAGAUAAAAUACGUGGGCAGCGGUAGCGGUGGUGAGCUUUCCGAGGAGACUGAGAGUUCAGCGGACGAGGCCGAGGGCCCCGAGGAGGCGGCCCAUCCGCUCGGUGGCCAUAGUCUUAGCCACCUUGCGGCCAACUCGGUCACCGAUAGCUAUGACGAGAGUAGUCAGGACUGUGACAUUGAUGUAAGCGAACAGAAUUACGACGAGAUCGAUAUCGACGAGAACAAGGAAGCCCUGCACAUGCAACUAAACAUCUCUUCGGCGAAGCAGGACUCACCCAUUAGUCUCUCCGAGUAUCAACAACACAGUCCAAGUGCCAAGCGACAAAAAACCCUCACGGGCACGCUACAGGGCAACUACGUCUAUCAGCCUGUUACAACGGCUCGUAGGAAAACACCUCUUUUCCUCACGACGGGUGCAGCAGCAGGCUCCUUCCUCAAAAUCGAAGUAUAUGUACACAUACAUAUACAACAAUCCUGUAAGUAUAGGUAUAUAGAUACAAUUUUCCAACGCAUGAGUUCAUGUUAUAAAUUGCCAUCACUUCUCACUAAAACUUGCAUCAAAUGCAACGGUAUAAACGAGGUUAUUAAUAGGUGUAUAAUGCCAAAACGUUUGUUACAAAGUUCAUCUCGCAGCAAAAAAAUUAAAAUAAGCGCAACUUUGACUCAGAAUAUUAAUCUUACGCGUUCAAAAAGUAGUCGCCUUAACCUACAAGUUGACAGCCAGUCACAAAAGAUAGAAUUACCAAGAGCAAAUAUGACAGUAAAUAAUUUAGAAAGUGAGAAAGAAGCUAAGCGUGAAAUAAAGGUGGAAUAUCUUGAUACUCCUAUCAAGUCCGAGAGUGAUAAAAAGGAAUACAGAGUUAUUAAACUGCCAAAUGGUUUAACUGCCCUAUUAAUUUCGGAUGUGAAUUCAAUGAAGGAUGGAGCCUGUCCUGCCAGUCUUGAAGAUGGAAAGGAUAAGGUUUGCAGUACAUAUGUUGUUGAUGGUGAAAGCGAAGAGGAAAGCGAAGAUGAGGAUGAUGAUGAAGAGGAAGAAAGUGAUGAAGAGGAUGAUGAUGAUGAGGGGGCUGCAGGAAGCAGGCAAAUAAAAAGAGAAGAGAAAAUGGCAGCGUGCAGUUUAUGUGUAGGUGUUGGAAGUUUUAGUGAUCCAAAUAAAAUACAAGGCAUGGCCCAUUUCCUUGAGCACAUGGUGUUUAUGGGUUCUGAAAAAUUUCCACAGGAAAAUGAUUUUGAAACAUUUAUUAAAAAAAGAGGAGGGUCUGAUAAUGCCUCUACAGACUGCGAGCAAACUACUUUUUACUUCGAAGUACAAGAAAACCAUCUGCUUCCUGCCAUGGAUCGUUUUGCCCAUUUCUUCAUAAGUCCUCUAAUGAAAAGAGAUACGAUUACUCGUGAACGAGAAGCUAUUGAAAGUGAAUUUAAAAUGGCCUUACCCUCAGACUCUAAUAGAAAAGAGCAAUUGUUUUGUAGUCUAGCAAGAAAAAAUCAUCCUGCCACUAAAUUUCCAUGGGGAAAUUUAGUUACUUUGCGUGAUAAUAUAGAUGAAGACGAGUUGUACUCGGAAUUGCACAAGUUUAGAGAAAGGCACUAUAGUGCUCAUCGAAUGACAUUAGCAGUCCAAGCCAGAUUAUCAUUGGAUGUGUUGGAGCAGUAUGUUAAAGAUUGUUUCUCUGAUGUACCUAUAAAUAAUUUACCAGCAGAUGACUUCAGUAAAUACAAAGGUCAAGAUUCAUUUGAUAAUCCAGAGUUUAGAAAAUUAUAUAAAAUCAAACCUAUUAAAGAUGUUUGCCAGGUUGAAUUGACAUGGGUUAUGCCACCUUUGCAUCAUUUGUACAAAAGUAAACCACACCAAUACGUUUCAUGGAUUGUGGGUCAUGAAGGAAAGGGUUCAUUAAUCAAUUAUCUUCGGAAGAAAAUGUGGUGUUUAAAUAUUUUUAGUGGCAAUGGAGAAGGAGGGUUUGAGCAUAGUUCCAUGUAUGCCCUUUUCAGUCUGUCUCUUGUUCUGACCGAUGAAGGUCAUAAACAUUUUAAAGAGGUCUUGGAAGCUGUCUUUUCUUACAUUAAUUUACUGCGUCGAGAGGGUCCACAAAAGAGGAUAUUUGAUGAAAUUCAGCAAAUAGAAAACAUAAAUUUCAGGUUCACUGAUGAAGAUGAUCCUGUUGAUUACGUAGAAGCAUUGUGCGAAAACAUGCAUUUCUAUCCCCCAGCUGACUAUAUUACUGGAAGUGAACUGUUUUUUGAAUACGAUCCCGAAUCGAUAAAAAAUUGCAUUGAUGCUUUAAGUCCGGAUAACGUAAAUAUCAUAUUGUUCGAUAAGAAAUUUAAUGAAGAAGAAUUUGAUAAAGUUGAACCUUGGUUUCAAACAAAGUAUACCAGUAGCGAAAUCCCCCAAGAAUGGGUAGCACGCUGGAAGGAAAUCGAGCCAUUGCCUGAAUUUCAUUUACCUCAUCCAAACAUAUUUAUUACUGAUGAUUUUAGUUUAAUUGAUUUGCCUUCUGAUAUUCCAAAUUAUCCAGUUAAAAUUCAUCAUGAUGAUAAAAUGGAAGUUUGGCAUAGAGUUGAUGCUAAAUUUCGUCUUCCUGAAUGUUACAUCUAUCUUUAUUUGAUUACUCCCUUUGCCACUGUGUCACCUAGAUUCUCUGCCAUGUUAAAUAUAUUUGUUGAAAUAUUGAAGCAAUUAUUAGUUGAAGACUUGUAUGAUGCAACAGCAGCUGAAUUAAAUUUUCAAAUUCAUACCAAUGACAAAGGAUUAACUGUAAAAGUAUAUGGUUUCAAUCAAAAGUUACCACUUUUACUGCGCACAGUUAUAAAGUACAUAGCAGACUGUCACAAAAUAGCUACAGAAGAAUUAUUCAAUGUUAUGAAAAAAGAGCAAUUAAAAAAUUAUUAUAACACGUUUUUAAAACCAGCCAAAUUAAACAAAGAAGUACGAUUAUCAAUCUUGACAUCAGGUUUUUGGAAUUCAAUAGAAAAACACACUGCAGUUUCUGAUGUCGAUUUUAAGCAGUUUAUAAACUUUGCUAAGCAUUUAACUGAUCACGUGUAUAUUCAGUGUCUUGCCCAAGGUAAUAUGACGGAAGAGGAUGUACUAAAAAAUAUUUUUCAAUGUAUCGAACCUCUGAAAUAUGGUUCAUUAUUGAUGGAAGAAAGACCACGUAUAAAAGUAUAUGAAAUACCAUGUGGAGAAAAAUGCUGCAAAGUGAAGAAUUUUAAUCUAAUGGAUGUAAAUUCUGUUAUAACUAAUUAUUAUCAGUCUGGUCUUGCUUCCAUCAAAUUAUCUGCAUUAAUUGAACUUUUAAAUAUGAUUAUGGAAGAACCGUUGUUUAAUCAACUAAGAACAAUAGAGCAAUUAGGUUACAAUGUUUUUUGUUUGAUUAGAGACACGUAUGGUGUUCUUGGUUAUUCAAUAACUGUUUGCACUCAAGCUAAUAAAUUCACAACAGAACAUGUGGAUGAAAGAAUUGAAAACUUUGUACAAUACAUAGUUAAUACAUUAAAAGAGAUGUCUGAUGAAGAGUAUGGUUUCAUCAAAGAAUCUCUUAUUAAAUUAAAACAAUGCACAGAUCUACACUUGAAGGAAGAAGUUAACAGAAAUUGGUCUGAAAUAACACGUGAAGAGUAUAUUUUUGACAGAUACAAUAAAGAAAUUUCUGCUAUAAGCAAUGUAACAAUUAAUGAACUUCGACAGUGGCUGGAUAAUCACACAAUAAAUGGAAAAAACUUCAGGAAAUUAACUGUUCAAAUAGUUGGAAUUUCUAAUCCAUCUAAAGAUAAAGAGUCAAUUGAUAAUCCCAAUUUGGAUUCAGAAUCAAAGAAAUACUCAAUAAGAUAUUUGACAGAUGAAGGCAGUGAGAAAAAGAAACCAUUAAAUUAUUAUAUUACUAAUAUUGAAGACUACAAGAGUUCUUUAAUUAUGUUUUCUCAAACGAGCCAUACAAGUUUAUGACGCAAAUAAAAUAAUUAUAAACAUUGCGCAUUUUAUACACUAAAGCAUUAGCAAAUUUUGUAAAUUUAAUACAUUUGUAAAUACAUGCUUAAUAAAUUGUAUUGUUCUUUUGCUGAAUCUGAUUAUUUGUAUAACAACCUUUUAAUAUUCGAAUUUUAGUAAAAGUAAAUUUUGAUCAACAGUUCGAGUGGUUAGUAAAAUGAUAAUUAUUGAUUUAUAAUGAAGUUUGACUAUCAAUUAUAAAAUUAGCAUGAGGAUUUUUUGAAGCAUAAUGUAAUGGACUCAUCGGGUACCAAAAAAUAUUCACUUUCAUUUUCAACAAAAAUUACUGAUUGUGGAUGAAAAGAAAAACCAAACGUAUGCUAUUAUUAUGCAAAUGAUAUAAGAGCACAGUCAAUAACUUAAUUUAUAUUCGCGAAUAGUGAAAUAAUGCUAGAACAAACAAUUUUCAUCCUAAUUUAAGUAUAUAUCAGGGUUUCAUAUUUCGUAUAACAAAAUUAUAUAGAAAUAUAGUUGUUUUAAUUAAAAAAUAGAAAUAAACAAAUUCUUAUAUUCUGCAUCUUUUUAAUUUUAUUUAUAUGACAUGACAGUACAUUUUAAUAAAUUAUCUUACUUCCAAAAAUAUCGACCAGUCGUUCAUUCAAUCGAUUUUUGUGGCGAAUUCGAAAAAAAAUUGGUUUAUUUGUUAAAUUUUAGGAAGUGUAUAACUGUAACUUUAUUCCUUCUUUAUCUUUUAAUGAUUCUCGCAUUGGUAAUACUAUAAACUAAAGUUAAUACUAGCAUAAAAAGCAAGAAAAAAAAAAUAAUAAUAAUAAAAUAAAUCAAAAUUUAUUCUUAAGUCGUGCUUUGACGAAAUACUAAAGCUACAUACGACCAGUGAAUAACGAUUUCUCGAACGUAGACAUUACAUCGAAUAUUAAUGCAAUUCUGGUAAUCUAAUUCAUUACAACAUCCAUCAACGUGCGUUUUUUUUUUCAUGUAAUAUUUGUUUCGUUAGUAAUCAUGUAAUAAGUAUUACCAUUCUUCUUUUACUUUGAUAAUAAUAAUAUAGAGUUGCCACUACGUUUACAUUAUCAUCUAUGCUCCAAAUAUGAACCUUUAUUUGUUCGUUAUAUUAAUGCAAUAUUACGCACUCUUAUAGAAUAGUAAUCUUCCGAAUUGCCUUGUGUUUUCGCUAACGCUGAUUCUCUGUCCGUAACAUAAUCAUACCCAUCAUCAAACUAACCGACUUUAAAGUAAAAUCACGUACAGUCUCUUCGUAAUGUUCUUAAAAACUUUUAUUUGGCUUGAUUUCAAAGUUAUAAAAAAUGCAAAUAUGGUUUCGAAAAAUCACCACUAAGACAAAAUAUUAAUGCAGAAUCAGCUCCGCUGGACACUAUAGGCACAGAUGGAAUAACAUGUUUAUAACAAUAAAAAUACACGGUAGAUUACUCAGCAUGUGUUUAUAAUGACGCAGUCGCAAUAUAAAUGCAGCGGUACUGGACUUAUCAUCUUUUUUUCUCGUUUUUACUGUAGACAUACAACGGGUGCAUUAAAUAUCAAUAAUUGGUAAUAAAAUCGAAUAAGUACAAAAUUUUGCGUUUUCAAAUUUUAUUGUGUCGAUACUUUUUUUUUGUUUUAUUUUUUGCAUCGUAUUAUAACACUGAAUCUAUGUUGAAAAGUACAUGAAAUCUAUAUUGUUUUUUGCAAAUGCUUCUUUCCUUUGUAACUGACGACCAAAUAUUUGUCGACUCAAAAAGAAAAUAUUACAGUACUAUUUAUAAUAAAACAUUUAGAAGAAAAUUAGUAAUUAUCACUCGACUAAAUGAAAACUCGAUACAUGAUACAAUUUUUUAUUUGAAUGAACAAAAUUCUAGGAAAUGUAUUGGCGCGUCAUGCAAAUCACUAAAUAAUAAUAAAAAUAAUAAUAUUUAAAGUUAGUUGGUGAACGCAUAUCAUCUCGCGCAUGCAUGCAGUUUAUACUUUUUUUCUUUUUGAAGUUUUUACUUGUUUUAUUUUUUCACAUUUUAGCUAAGACAAGAAAUAAUAUGAUAUAUGUUAUGUAAUAUUUAGUAAGAAUAUAUAAUAAUGGGGCCCACGUUAUGGUUUUAACUACAUCAAUAGUGAUUGAUCGAUUUUUUUCUUUCUUUUUCAAUACUUUUUAAUUAGAUACAUUUUGUGAUUACUAUCAUAUUUUUACACUUUAUUGAUAAUUACAUAUGUAUAUAAGCGAAAACUUAUAAUAUAUAAUAUAAGAAAAAAAGAAAAACUACAAAAAAAUGGCAAUGUGGCAAAAAAAAAUAAAUAAAUAAAUAAAAAUAAAUCUUAGAAACGCGUACGUCAGAACGCCAAAGAAGCCAUAAACCCACGAAAAGUUUAUUAUAUGCUUGGGAAUAUUUAACGCUGAAUUCAACUGCGGCUAGAAGAACUUAAUGCCCAUCAUUACUUGCGCGCGCCCAUCAUUACAUCUCCAAACUUACUGUAAGUAUAUAUGCAUUAGCCUUUUUUGUCAAGGACAAUGAUUGACAAUGAUAACCAUUAUUAGUUUUUUUUUUAAUUUCUCCUGAACCGAUUUAAUGCAUUUUUUCUACAGUUUAUAAGAAAAAUCUAGUCGAAACUCUUAAAGAGCAAAAAAUAGUUCAAAAUUUACUUUGAUGAUAUACAACAAACAAGAAAGACAAUGAAAAGAAAAACAUCGGUACUUGAUGUGGUCACGUCACAUCUUGUGCAAUUGCAAGUUUUUUACUUUUUCUUUUCAUUAAACAUGUAUUAUAUAAUGUUAGGAAUCCAUUACAAGUGUUUUACAUAAACGAUCGAUCGUUCGAAUGCUUUACUUUUUUACUUACUACCAUUCAUAGGCAGAGCGCGUGGGCCCCCAAUUCUAUUUAGUGGAAAGCUUAAGGCGCUGUUCAAGCGCUUCGGAUUUCAACCCUUUUUAUUGAUUCAAGUUACUUUUUAUUUAACGAUACAAUCAACACGAGUUUUUUCAAUACGUGAUUUUCCUUUUUUAGCAUUGUUUUUUGUUUUGUUCAUAAUAACAUUUGCUUCUGGUUAAAAUUUUUGUAUUUAUCUUGUAAUUGUGACUUCAUACUUCAUAUCGAUAUUGCGGCAACUGAUUCAGUCGGAUUUUAUUAUGAAUUGUACAUAUCGUUAUUUUUUAUUUGACCGUAAUGUAUCAAGAGAUUCGUAUUCUUCAGAAUGAAAAUCAUUCACUUUUUUAGUUUUAACAAAGCUUCAGUUUGCUGUGUUUUAGUGAAGUUUUAAUGAAGUAGCAUGCACUCCAGAGCUCAAUUGUUAAGUUAUUAGGUUGCAUAUCGCUGUUCGGUUACUCUCACAUUAACUGACUUUUCGGUUCGUAGAUUUUAAAACUAAAAAUAUAUCUCAACGUAUUCAAGUUUUACGUUUUUAUCAGAAAUUAUUUAGUUUUACACUACUAGCACGUCAAAGCAGAUUUAAAAGUUCGUUAACUGCAUAAAAGCAUCAUUCAUAGAACAUUUCUUAGCUAUGAAUCGCACUUUGCUUUACAGUUACAUCAAAUUGCCAUUUGUUAUCAUUGACUUUGCUCUCAUUUCAUGAAAACUUUAUUUUACCAGUAGAAUUGCCAACAGAAUGUUUAUAUCAGCUUUAUUCGGUUUUCUUGACCUUAAAUCUUUUAUAUUUCAAAUUCGCGAGCUAACGUCAUUUACUAGAUUUUUUAUUUUAUACAUUUUUUCAUUGUCUUAAUGCAUUUAGUCGCGAUAACAGAUCUACAAAAAUAUAGCAUUGUCUCUGUCUUUCUGUACUUGACAUCUUUCAUUAUAUUAAUCCAAUAAAUGUUUAUUUUUCGUAUUUUCUCAACGCACCACAUUUUUCUAUCCUGUAAUUAAAUCCUUUAUUCCAUCAAAUCGUGUUUAUAAUGUUGUCAUUAUAUUAUCUUUUUAUCCUUUUUGCUUUUUACUCAUCUUCACCGGCCUUUAUUUUUGUCAAUAUAAAAAGAGUGCUUUGCGAUAUAGCGAUGAUGACUUUUUGCCAAACUAUUUUGGCUACUUUUAUGUUAAAUUAAAUUCAUCAACAUAAUCAUAUUUCAUUUAUAAACUUGGUGCGUGAUCAACACACCCAAGAGCAUGUUAUAUAUACAUUGAUCGUUUCAUUACUACCUUGCGCUUGCCUUUAAUGUAUGUACAACAAUUAUGGAUCGCUGAACUAACACGAAAAGUGCUGUUAAAAAAAUAUGAAAAAAUGACGUUUACUCGUGUGUAAUACACAACGUCCAUCAAGCAAUCUUAAGUAAAGUUGCUUCAUUAGAAGAAUUAGUAUACAAAAA